GUUUGCGGAACUUGCCAUUUCCACCCUUAACGAUUUCAUGGCUCGGCGUUCAUUAGAGGCUCAAAUUCUUCUCUUCCUUUCUCUUCCGCUGAAUAUUUGCGGGUCUACCCUCCUUUUAUAUUCUAGUUUCUUCUUCUUCUUUGUAUGGGGUUGCAGUUAGUGACAGCCUCUUUUAUUACUUCUUGUAUCUAUUACUAUUCUUAUUUUGCCCUUCAACAGUGUUAUUUUACCUCUGCUGGAUAUACAAUAUCAUUCACACACUCAGCUUCUGCAGCUCUAUAUGUGGGAAUCAGUGUCAUCAUAAUUCUCCUUGGAGAAUUCUGUUCUACACGAGCUACCUUGCAUGUAUCUUCCCAUGGCCAAAUAGGAUAUAGAUUGCUCCUAUGUUUUCUAUCGCCACGGCGAUGAAUAUUCACAGUCAAAACGCUGGACCUGUCUUCACAUCUUUCUUCACUGUUUACUUUUACAAGCGAGCAGCCAACUUGCUUGUCAUCUUUCUCCAUGCCUGAUUUCUUCUUGCUUAGCCCAUUAACUCUGCUAUUUGCUGCCUAAGAGCCAGGAAAAAGAGCUUCGAUCCUGGGUUCGGAUUUGAUAGGACCAAAUAGUCACUGUUUAUAUCGCUUCGGAAACAUAAACAUCGUUGAGUCUGCGACGGAAUUCCAACCGCUGGCAAUAUGCGGUUGAGGCAGAGAGACAACAUCCGGCCCCCUGAACGAUAUGGCGGUGGGGACUGGAUUGGGAACAAGGCGUCGGGUCGUCGAGGUGCGUCAAGGGCGACUUCUGAGACGCCCGACGACCUGCCUCGCCAACCACACAUCCCUCUCACCGCGAGACCAACUGCAGGUCCGCCGCCGUUUAUUGACUACAACCCAAACUCGCCUCCAGCCGCGUUCCCUACGCUUGACAAGCCCCGACCUAAAGAGAUGCCGCCUGGAAACAAUGAAACAGCCUCUUCAGGUUCUCAUGAAAACGAGUUUCAGAGUGAGCCAUGGAGUGAUAUGGAGUCGAGCGAAGACGAUGAUAGCGGGGAAGAAGCGGAUCAUUCUGUCGAUGUUGAAGACUACAAAUAUCUUCACGCGCCCACACACGUCGAAUGGAAGGACCUUAAUCCCGCUAUCCAAAUGGAAAUAAUCCAGAAUUUGACUCAGGUCUAUACUUGGCCGCGUGUGGUGUACAUGUUAGAGCUCACACCGCAGCAGCAAGAGGAGGCCAUCCAGAGCCCAGCCCGUCGCCAGAAGCAGGUAGAGGACGAAGCCCAGCAGUUGCAUGAAAUGCAAGUCAAGCAGCUGAGAGCGCUCCUUCGAAUAGAUAAUAGUGUUCUGAGGAAGUCCAGAGUUCCUGGCCAGCUGGUCUUUCGAAAUAUUUCAAAGCAGUACUUCCGAGAGGCUAAAAACAGAGCAACCGUUGAUCAUUUCAUGAUCAAAGCUAGUGAGCUUCUGGCUGCUCGGAGGUUUCUGCGGAGAUUGGGAAUUGACACAAAGUACGCUGGAGAAUGGAAAAAUGACCUUGCAACCAUCAACCAGGCCCAUGAAGAGAAUGGUGAGGACGAGUUUAAAUGGAUCCUUAGUACAGAGGAGACUGAACAGUCUAGCAGCACUCCUUCUAUCCAGUUAGGCUCUUCCUCACCUUCACUUCAGCCGCACAAUGUCGGUGCUAAUAGCGCUAAUGGCCAGGAUCGUUGUUUCGUCAACCACGUUGGAAACCCAGAAGUGGGUACAUCCAGAGCACCAGUGCGCGAGGAACUGUGUGAACCGAUGCAUUCGACUCCCCUGAAUGCUGCUCAACAGAUUCUUAGCCGCAGAAAAUCUGCUAAAAAGCCGGAUAGGAAAACACCCAGCCGACCUAUGAACGCCAAUCCAGCAAGCUCAAUGGUCCAACUGAACAUUGGGCCUGAGGGUGCUGCACAAAUACGCAAUGUCGUGCAUGCCACAUCUUCCUUGUCGCCACAAUCAUCCCAAAACCUACCAUCAAGCCCUCCAAUACCUUUAGCCUCCACAACCAACCACCCACCGAGUUCCUCAUUGUGGAUGUCUCAGACAACAGAAUCAAGAAAACGCCCACAUUCAGAGACGGUUAUCACACCUGGUUCUUUUGUAGAUGAGGACGACGAUCUUCCACUGCAGAGGGUCUUAAGUGGUCCAUGGUGGUAUAAUUCGGGACAAGUCAUAUCUCGGGCUGGAAUCACAUCAUCCCAGACGCUCCAUGAAAGGCUGUAUGCGGUUAGAGCUGAGACCGAGAUACAGCGCCAAUCUUUCGCUCGCCCGAUUGGUAGAUUGCCCCCAGUGCCACCGGUUAAUUUGCCGAUCCGAAACUCAACCCCGCUGAACAACCGCCAGGCCACUCCUAUGCCUUUCAGUGAUGACACAAUCGCUCAGACACCUCCACCGGGAUAUUCUUCACCAGCUCCCCAGAGAAAUGUGCCACCCAGUAAGAAUUUCAGAAGCCUACUCAUCAACGUGCCUGGAGAUAACGUACCAAUUAGAGUGACCUCAGCUUCUUCAGACGCUUCCGAGCACGGACCACCGUACUCACCAAUUUCACCUGUCAUGGGAACAUUUCCCGUUGCUCAGGUUCAGGCUGCCGGGGGUGGACAAACCCAAGAAAACAACCUUAGGAAAAUUCGAACUCUCCAAGAAAGCGCCAUUGAGGACGGUCAACAUGGAGCGACGAGUUUUAUUCUAGAUGAUGGGGUAUCAUCCAAUACUGGGCCAGUAGGCACACCAGCCUCACUCCCAACUGAGGCUAAAUCGUCUCGGCCAAGUUCAGUAGACUUUUCACACACAAGCAUCCAAACGAUGGGCGAAGCCCAACUUCCGGAGAUGAAAUCCCCAGAGUCAAUGGAAAACACUGCUUCCAAGGCUGAAACUCCUAGCAAUAUUUCUAUUGCCACCACAUUUGCGGUCUGUUGCGAUAUUCCGCCCAUCGAAUCAGUGAAGAAGAAGGAGUGUAAUUCUCAUUUACCUAUCCAUUCACUACCGGACACAAAUGGAACAAACAAAGAGAAUGAAUUUCCGGGUAAAAGCAAACCAGCUAAGAAAAAAGCUAAACUUGCUCCGAUAAAUAGACGGCGCAGCUUAAGAUUGAACAAGCCUGCUACCACAAAGGAGACAAGGGCUCGAGCAGCAGCAUCAGCGACGAAGAAAUGA